GCAGAAUCCCCGGAACAUAAUCUAAUCCGUCAAAAUAUUCUGUUGCCAUGAGCUCUUCAAUGCCUUCACUUCAAUGGCUUCUACUGAUCUUCAUAGUUACAUCGAUCCCUGUCUCUGCAGAUACAAGUUUUAAGAUUCCAAGGCUUAGUCCAAUCAGAGGAACAAUUUUACUGGACCCCGAAAUUCUGUCAGCUCCUAUUUCGGACGACUUCCAGACAUUUUUUUACACCCAAACACUUGAUCACUUCAAUUACAGACCUGAAAGCUACUCCACUUUUCAACAACGAUAUGUGAUUAAUUUCAAGUACUGGGGUGGCGCAAAUUCUAACUCUCCAAUCUUUGCAUAUCUUGGAGCUGAAGCUCCCUUGGAUGGGGAUUUAUCAGUCAUCGGAUUCCUCCCCGAUAAUGCCCUCCGAUUUAAAGCACUUCUAGUAUAUAUAGAGCAUCGUUAUUAUGGGAAAUCUAUCCCUUUUGCUAGUCGAAAAGAAGCCCUGAAGAAUGCUAGCACUAUCGGGUAUUUCAAUUCAGCUCAAGCUAUCGCAGACUAUGCGAAAAUCAUCAUGCAUAUUAAAAAAAAAUAUGAAGCCCGUGAUUCGCCUGUAAUUGUCGUUGGAGGAUCAUACGGAGGAAUGCUUGCUUCCUGGUUUCGCUUGAAAUAUCCUCACGUUGCUCUCGGAGCUUUAGCCUCCUCUGCUCCCAUCCUGUAUUUUGACAACAUAACGCCACAGGAUGGAUAUUAUUCUGUUGUCACCAGGGAUUUCAGAGAAGCUAGUGAAACGUGCUACCGAACUAUAUUUAAGUCGUGGUCUGAAAUCGAUAAAGUUGCUUCCAAGCCUGGUGGUCUUUCAAUUCUUAGUGAGAAAUUCAAAACUUGCAAACCCUUGAAGCACUCUUCACAGCUCAAGGAUUUCUUGGACAAUAUGUAUUGUUCCGCAGCUCAAUAUAAUCAGCCACCAAAAUAUCCGGUAACCAUGGUGUGCGGGGGCAUCGAUGGGGCGCCUCCUGAAACCGAUCUACUGGGGAAAAUAUUUGCCGGUGUUGUUGGUUAUAAAGGAAAAAAAUCUUGCUAUGUUAAUUCUCCAAUAAAUGUAUCUGAGACGAGUGUCGGAUGGCGAUGGCAGACUUGUAGUGAAAUGGUGAUGCCGAUAGGCAUUGACAAUACUACAAUGUUCCCACCUUCGCCUUUCAACAUGAGCAGCUUCAUUGAGGAAUGCAAGCAACUGUAUGAUGUCCCUCCUCGGCCCCAUUGGAUUACAUCCUAUUAUGGUGGCCAUGAUAUAAAGUUGAUUCUGCAAAGAUUUUCUAGCAACAUAAUUUUCUCCAAUGGACUCAGAGAUCCCUACAGUAGUGGAGGGGUGCUGGAAAACAUAUCAAAUAGCGUUGUCGCGGUUCAUACGGUCAAUGGUUCUCACUGCUUGGAUAUACUUCCAGCAAAUUCUAGCACUGACCCAGAUUGGCUGGUGAAGCAGCGUAAGAUUGAAGUAGAGAUUAUUGAAGGGUGGAUAUCCAAGUAUAAUGCGGAUCUCCGAACACUUAAGCAGGAAUAGAUAUGGUGAAUUAAAGCCAAAAAUUAUGUAUUAGUUCAAAGUAUUUAAUAAUAUGUAAUUUUAUUAGUG